CGGUAAUCAUCAGUCGUCCACUGAAACCUUUCAAACUCGAUUAUUCGAUCUUCCCCCCUCUAAGUGUCAAUAAUGGAGCUCGAGGCCGAGAACGCGAGGCUUAAGGAGGCGCUACAAGCGCUACAGAAGCGCUACGACCGUCUAGAUGCAUCCACCACAAAGCAGAUUCAGGAUCUGACGGACGAGAAUGAGCUGUUGGCCGAAGCCAACCGUCUACUGCUCGAGAAACAGGCGCAAAACCCUUCGACUCCCUCCAAAGACGCUCUGAGUCUUCUCCAGGUGCCGGACGAGCUGCUACUGCCCGGUCCAGCGCUUUCAAUCCGCCAGCUAGUGGCAUUAGACAAUGUGCACUCAUUCGGGAACUUGCUAAGUGUCAGUGCACACGCCACGAGGCCCGAGAUCGUCAUCACAGGUGGAGCGGACAAGUGCGUCUGUGUGCACGACUGGAAGACAGGCCAGAAGCUCUGCGCAGUGGAAACUAGCGCCCCAGUGUUGGCUCUGGCGUUUAAUCCUAAGAGAGAGUUUGCUGAAUACUUUGUAGCUGCAGGAAUGGACGCUAAACAUGCACUGUAUAGACUGGAGCAGCUAGGAAAGCAGUGGCGUGUACGCACGGUAUGUGAGUUCCAUGAUCAUAAUCGACAUGGAGCGUUCAAGAUCGCGUGGAGUGCAAGUGGACUGUUCUUUGCCACAGGAUCAAGCGAUAAGUCGCUGAAUAUGUAUCAGUGCUCGCAUCUGGAUGGAGACGGUGAACAGGUGGAGAAGAUCAAGUCGUUCUACUUUAACGGAACGGUGGAAGCUAUGGCGUUUGCUCCGUCGGGAUCAGAGAGAAGUGAGCUGCUGGUGGUUGCAGUGAGAGAUGACUGCUACGUGCAUUACAUUGACUGCUCCACGUUCGAGAAGGAGAGAGUGAACAUGAAUCCAGACGGCAUUGAGCACGUCUCGUACACGAUCAUGGACCUGAGUCUAUCGCCGAGUGGCAAAUAUCUCCUGGCAGCCACGGAUUCCAACCGCAACUUUAUCUUCGCAAUCAAACGGAAUGUGGCGCUGAGAAGUUUUUACGGGCACAAGGCUGGACCUUACAGUCAGCCGCGUGCUGUAUGGCAUCCAUCGGAAAAGUACGUCAUCUCCAAUAACGAAGAGAACGGCACCAUCUUUGUGUGGUCUAUCGCGUCUGAACAGGUUGUGGAGACGUUUGAUGCCCACGACGCGUUGGUACGAGAUCUUGUGUGUCCUACCACUGUGUCCUCCUCAGGCUCCCCGACGUUAGUGACGGUGUCUUACGACAAGCGGAUGAAGGUCUGGGAAUCGCCUCUGGCAACGACAGGCAUCGAGAUUAUGUAAAAAAAAAAAACACACUUAGAAAAGCUGAGAGUUUGUUUAUGAUGUGCUAAGCUGAGUGAAUACUUCUUUGAGAUCUCUGAUUUCCUGCAAAGCGGCGACCGUCGAGGCCUCCCAACGAUCUAACUUGGCUUGAAUAGCACUGAUCAUGCUUUCUUUCCCUUGUAGUUCUGCUUUAAGGGAGUCGGCAUCCACACUUUGCUCC